AUGAUUGAAGAUGAGGUAAAAAAAUUUGUGAGCAAAGCAAAUACAACGGAUGAGAAGAGAACAAAUGACGACACAACUCAGCCUCUACCAAAGCCUUUUUUUCAAGGGGAGGGUUCAAUGGCCAUCAACAAUAGAACCCAGGAGGUGGAAGAAACUGUAAUAGAUGCUUCUCUUAUAAACAAACAUAGGGAGGUUGCAGGAUGGGUAGAAGAAGCCAUCGUAAGAGGGGAGAAAUCAGUUGAGAGCCUGGAUGAGGAUGGAAGCUUGAGAGAUUUAAUCAAGGAGUGGUGGUCUGGGGCCCCUGAGGUCAUUGGUACUAAGGCCUUUGUUUUUGUCAAGAAAUUGCAAUUUGUUAAGUCUAAAACCAAAGAGUGGAAUCGAAUCAAGUCUGGUAAUAUAUUUGCCAAUAAAAUAGAUUUGGAAGAAAGGUUGGCCGCAUUGAAAGAGGUCUUGUUGGACAAAGCAGAGGAUAUAAAUAGAGAGGCAGUUGAUUUAUUUUUGGCAUUACUAUCUAAGGAGAGUAAUAUCAAUUUAGAGAACCAACAAAAUGGGCUUAAUGUUAUCCUAGAGCUGAUAACAAAAGCACAGAAUCAGGCACUUAUGAAACCCAUCCAAGUCGAGGAGGUUCGAAAAGCGGUUUUUAGUAUGGCGGGAGACAAAGCUCCAGGGCCGGAUGGUUUCCCGGCCUUUUUCUACCAAACUUUCUGGGAUAUUGUGGGAAAUGAUGUUUGGGCAAUAGUGGAGGAAUCACAGAGCAAGACGAGUGUUGCAAAGGAACUAAAUUGCACAUUACUAGCCCUUAUCCCCAAGGUGGAACAUCCUACUUCUUUUAAUGAAUUUAGGCCAAUUUCAUUAUGUAAUGCCAUUUAUAAAGUGGUAUCGAAAGUGAUCUCAAAUAGGUUAAAACCAAUGUUGAGUCAUAUCAUUUCAGAAGAACAAAGUGGCUUUGUCCCUGGUAGAUCGAUUAUUGAGGGAAUAAUAAUUGCUCGUGAAGCGAUCCAUACAGUAUGA